AUGGACUGCCUCGACGAACCACUCCACCUCGAGAUCCUCAGCGCGCUCGCGUCCAACCUCGCGCGCGACGGACACGAGGAUAACCUCUCCGUCAUCUCGGAUGGGCUUCCAAACGUUGCGCCACCCGUGGACGAGGACGACGCCUGGUCCAACUUUGAGAUCAACCACGCCAUCUCGUACGCGCAUUAUGUCACGUCCCUUCCUCCCACUUCGGCAUACCUUCCCACCGCAUUGCCCGAACUGCGGCGCCUGCUUGCUGGUCUCGUCGCACAGGGUGCUCCCGAGGCAGGGAGCAGCUCGGGCGUGGCGCCAGGUACGAGCGAUGCGUACGCGCUCCUUCUCGACGCCCUGCUCAAGGCCAUCUUCUGGGUCGGAUGGAGCGUCGAUGGCCUCGCAGGAGAGGCAGGUACGGUCGUCGCCCAGCUCCUCGAGAACACGGGCAAACUCAUGCCGACGUCGCCGAUUUUCGCCGGCGUCAUCGUCUCAGCCGUCCACACCGUCCUGUCUCACGUGCCGCUCCCAGCCCUCCCCUCACCCGUGACAGCACACCUUCUCUCCGCUGUCGUCGCCAUCGGGCAGCCAGCUGCUGUAAACAACGCCGUUCAGGAGGGCGCGCGGAGCUACACCCCAGCUUUCAACACCGCGCCGCAUCCCGCAACCCCGGCUGGCGCCGCGCUCCUCGUCACGGAGAUCGCAAACAUUGUGCUCGCGCGCGCUCUCUCGCCCGUGACUGAGGUCGACCAGGCUGCAUUCGCGAACGGAACCUACACCAUAUCCAAGGAGGACAACCUCGCCUCGCCCGUAUGGAAGAGCCAGACCCAAGCACUCCUCGCCGACCCCGUGGAGGACGACCAGCUCUCCGAACUUGCUGAGGGCGUCGAGGCGCUCGAUGUUGCCAACAAGUUCGCCCUGCUGUGGUGGACCGAGCUCAUGGAGCCGGAGGGCUCGGGCUUCGCCGGCACCUCGAACAUGUUUGGCGCUCACGACUCCGACGACGACGUGUACAUGACUGUCGCUGUACUGCACCUUCUCAACCUACUGGGCUUGCACAACCACAUCACCGAAGCGCCCCAGGUGGCGCGGCUCAAGAACAUCCUCUCGGAGCAGUCGACGAUAUCCGACGCGCGUGUGCUGCAGGCUGCCUUUGUCUGUCUCGCGAUCAUGGUGCGCAAUUUCCCCGAGCUAGGCUCAGGUCUCGUUCACCACCUCCGCCGUUUACUUAUGAGCCCGUUACCCGCACUGGAGAGCGAGUUUAACGGCUCGGGCAUGGAGCUAUCCCCCACCAUCUGCGCCGCGUCCACAGCACUCGCAACGUGCAUCGAGAUGUCACCAAACGACGACGCCAUCUCGUCUACACUGUACUCACUCCUCGGUGUGCUCAACCACGGUACGACUAUCGGGCCUGGCGCUAUGUCGGUGAGAUCCAUGCCCAACAGCGACUACCCCAAGAGCUUCGCCUCGGGCAAGCGCUCCGACGAGCAGCGCCAGCUCAUCAGCACGACGGCUGUUGAGAUUGCAGCUCGCUUAGCUCUUGACACGGGUCGCGAAGACAUCAUUCACCUCGCCAUCUCGAUGCUCCUCCAGCGCCUGCGUGGCGUCGACAUUGCCACCGAGUCGGCAAUCGUCACGAACCUCGUCCCUCUCGCCUUAGCGAGUUCGGACGCCGAUCUCGUCGAAGUGUACCGCGCUUUCUCGCAAAUCUCGCGCUCGUCACACCCGGAGGAUCCCCGAAUGUCCGCCAACGCCGUGUUAGCCGCCCAGACCCGUCUCGCGAAGGGCCUCGGUAACCGCCUGAAUGACGCCGACGGGUACCUCUCCGAGCUCCUCACGCUCUUUGCGGACAAGGGCACACAGACUCAGAUGCUGAGCAUCUCGAGCACGCAUGGCAACGUCAAGGAGAAGUACGCACUGAUGCGUGCCGACAGCGCGAAGCGCGCGAGCGACACCAAGGCUCAGCUCGCGGCUCUGCUUCUGCCCAUCGCCGAGCUUUUGUCACACCCAACAUACCAUCCCGACCACAACGCAUCGACCGAGACGGUGUCGCAGUUCCGCAACAUGUGGCUGCUAUGUGUGGCGUUCGGCCUGAGUUCGCGGAACGGCAAGUCGAUCCUAUCCGAGCAUGAGGAAAACGCCCUCUCUGUCAUCGCGAGCAAGACGCCUGCGCUGUACCAAGAGCAGAACACGGACUUUGUCGGCAGUGACCUCGAGUACAACACGAUCCUGCGCAAGGACUUUGCUCAGUCGAUCAACAGCCGCAUGCGCCAGACGCUCACAGAGAUGCUACCGUCUACCAAACACACGUCUGACAUUCGCAACAUGUCGACGCCGCAGCUCACGCUGCUCAUCGCGAUCAACGACCUCGAGGAAAUGCGCACCAUGCACCUCCAGCCGUCGGUCACGCUGCGGUACUUUAUGAACGACUCCGUGAACAAGAGCGCAAUGUUCGGUCCGCUCACGGGUAUCUCAACGAGACUCACCAGCGUCUUCCUGCGGCAGCUGAGCAUGCGCGCCGUGCAGCACUCGAUGCCGCCGUCUGUGAGCGAAGAGGUGCGCAAGAUCUUUGUUCUCUGCACCCAUCGUAUGCCCCAGGUGCGCGAGGCAGCGCUGCACGUGGCUAGGCAGGUCAUCGAGACGUUCUCAGCGCUCAUGUGCGAUCGCAAGGUCGUGUUCACGCUGCUGGAAAUCCUCACCCUCAUGCGCCGCUCUUGCGAGAUGCAGUACACGGACGAGUACUCGCCUGUUCACGAUUUCCGCUCGGACAAGCUCGACCUCGUCCUCGUGCUCACGGACGAUUACGCCGUGCGCAACGAUAUCACGACGCAGCUGUACAGCGUUGCGCAGCGGUGGCUCACGCUCGCCAUCUCGCGUGCGCCGCUUGAGGUGCAGUCGACGUUGCAGUCGUACCUCAACGAGUCGCGCGACGUGCUGCUCAUCGACAGCGUUGAGAUGGGAGCCGGCCUCGCGCUGCACUUCUCCAAGGCCAUCUCUAGACUUGAUCGGCAGGAGACGAUGAUGCCGGUUAUCGGCGGCUGGCAGUCGGACUGCUCGAACCUCGUCGUGAGCCAGUACGCCGCCAAGAACUACUACGACGGCGAGCUCAGCGGUGCGCGCCAUAUUCUCCGCGAGGGCCUGCAGUCGCUGCAGAAAGACGCGCCGGCGACUACCUCGAACAAGGAGCGCCUUGCGUUCAAGUCUCAGAUGGCCGACGCUAUCAACAAGGUGCACACCAAGGAUGCGCUGUCGAUCGUCGAGAUGCGUCGCCUGCUUCUCCGAGCCGUUUCCGUGCUCAUCGCAUCGCCGAACAUGGACGCCGACAUUCUUCACUGCCUCGUCGAGCUGCCCAUGGCCGUGUUCACGCCUCUUGCGAUCGCCGCAGGCAUCGAUGCUUGGACGUGGCUCGUCCGUCAGCGCUCCGAGGCCGAGAUCGCGCUCAUGGGUGAGAUCUCGGCAGGGUGGCUCAGCACCAUCCGCGAGCACAAGGGCCUGUUCAGCAGCAGCAUGAACUACCACGACCCGUUCGAGACACCGAUCGAGUACACGCCCAGCGACAAGAAGACCAUGGACGUCGAGAAGAAGAAGGCCGACCGGCUGCUGCGCCCUCACCUCCUCCUGCUGCAGGUGCUGUCAUCGCAGUUCCAGGCGGUCAAGUACAGUGAGGCUGGGAUCAUGAUCUCGCUUGCGCGUCUCAUGAUGCGGUCGCUCGGCGCGGCCGACCACAUGAGCACGCACCCUCUCUCGCGUGAGGUCCGCUUCACCCUGCUGCUCUUUGGUUUCCAGAUCCUGGCGAGCAGCAAGACUGAGGCAUUGCUCGAGCUGCGUUUCCGCGACUUACUAUUCAAAGCGGCGUUUUCGUGGUUUGCCAUCCGCCCGCAGUGGUCGUUCGGCAGCGACCGCAUCCAGAUCGGUGCGGAAAUCAAGCUGCUGCAAGACUUUAUGGACGCGGUGACCAAGGACACGAUCCGCGGCGACCACGUCACGACGUCGCUGCGGGAUCGCGACGCGGCGUGGCUCAUUCCCGGUACGAAGUCGCUACAGGACUACACCGCGAUGCACCGCGACCGCGUGCGGCUCAUGCAGCUAUUCGUUGAGAAUGAGAUCCAUCGCCUCAAUGUGUGGUACAAUCCCGCCAAUGACAAGGGACGCAAUCUCGUCACGGGAAACACCGUCGAGUCGGCUGUCUCGGCCGAAGAGUGGUCCAGCCUCGUCCGCAAGGCGUGGAGACAAAACCCCGCAAUGGCCGUGCACAUGGCCGAGCGGUUCAAGAACACGACUACCGUCGUGCCCGAGCUUGUCAAGCUCAUCCGCGCGGACCCGAGAGUAGUCCUACACGUGCCCGAGGCGCUCCAGUUCUUCCUCGGUGACAAGCUCGAGCCGUCUAUGCGCCGGGGCCUGCACUGGCUCCUGAUCUGGGACAAGGUUCCGCCCAUCGAAGCGCUCAACUACUUCCAGCCGCGAUACGGAAACGAUCCGAUCAUCCUACAGUACGCGAUGCGUGUGCUCGAGGAGCACCCAGUCGACCUGACAUUCUUCUUUGUCCCACAGGUCGUGCAGGCGUUGCGUGCGGACCCGCUAGGCUACGUCGCGCGGUUCAUCUUUGAGACGUCUAAGAUUUCGCAGCUCUUCUGCCAUCAGAUCAUCUGGAACAUGAAGGCGAACAUGUACAAGGACGACAAUGGCGAAGAGCCCGACUCGCUCAAGCCGACGCUCGAGGGCAUGGUCGACAGAAUCGUUGCAAGCCUCAGUGGCAAAGCCCAGGAAUUCUACAACCGCGAGUUUGGGUUCUUCGGCGAGGUGACGAGUAUCUCGGGCAAGCUCAAGCCGUACAUCAAGAAGACCAAGCCUGAGAAGAAGGCCAAGAUUGACGAGGAGAUGGCCAAGAUCAAGCUAGAAGUCGGCGUGUAUCUCCCCUCCAACCCCGAUGGUGUAGUCGUGGACUUGGACCGCAAGUCUGGCCGACCGCUCCAAUCCCAUGCCAAGGCGCCGUUCAUGGCGACGUUCAAGGUGCGCAAGGAACGUAUCGACCUGGACGCAGAGGACGAUGCGCCCAAGGUCACGUACGAUGUGUGGCAGUCAGCCAUCUUCAAGGUCGGCGACGACUGCCGGCAGGACGUCCUUGCACUCCAACUCAUUGCCAUGUUCAAAAACGUGUUCACCCAGCUCGGCCUGACGCUGUACCUCUUCCCGUACCGCGUGACGGCCACUGCGCCGGGAUGCGGUGUGAUCGACGUGGUGCCGAAUGCGACUUCGCGUGACGAAAUGGGCCGCGCGCAGAUCAACGACCUCGUCGAGUACUUUGUGGACAAGUACGGCGGUGUCGACACGGUGUCCUUCCAGCGCGCACGCCUCAACUUUAUCCAGAGCAUGGCGGCGUACUCUGUUGCGUGCUACAUCCUGCAGAUCAAGGAUAGGCACAACGGCAACAUUAUGAUUGACGGCGAAGGCCACAUUGUCCAUAUCGACUUUGGCUUCCUCUUUGACAUUGGGCCUGGCGGGAUCAAGUUUGAGGCUGGCUCGUUCAAGCUGAACAAGGAGAUGGUGGCGCUCAUGGGCGGCGGCGAUAGCCAGGGGUUCCGAAUGUUCACCGAAUUGACGGUCAAGGCGUUCCUUGCCAUCCGGCCGCACGCGGACCAGCUCGUCGACACGGUCGCGCUUAUGCUCGGUACGGGCCUGCCGUCGUUCAAGGGCGAGGGGACGAUCAAGCGUUUGCGUGACCGCUUUGCACUGCAUCUCAACGAGCGCGGUGCGAGCGAGUACAUGCUCGGUGUGAUCCACAAUGCGUUCCAGAACAUGCGGUCGGACAUCUACGACGGCUUCCAGAAGUACCAGAAUGGUAUUCCGUACUAG